CCUGUGGAACUGGAACUGUGGCUCUUGGGUCCUCGCGGGCCACCGCGGUGCGCGAGAAGGAGGAGGGGUGGCAAAGAGGCGGUCCUAGGGGGAGGCCCCAGCAGGUUGAGAGCUACACUCCGGGACGAGCCUCUCUGGGGUCCCCGCCCCCGUCACGUGGUGCCGAACCCUGUCGGUGCUGGCCGGUCGGCCACUUGCUUGGCAGUUGGUCCUUGGGCCAGUGGUCUGUCACUGGGUUCUUAGCUCUUAUGUUGGAAAGUGUGAGAGACGCAGGAGCGAUCUGCAUACCUGAGCCUCCGAGAGAGAAGCUGCGCUCUGGCAUCCAGUAGCAGCAGGAGACUGAGCAGAUCAAAGGAGCCAUGACUUCUGAUGCUAGUCAUAUGCUGGAAGCUGCCCUGGAGCAGAUGGACGGGAUUAUUGCAGGCACUAAAACAGCUGCAGAUUUUAGUGAUGGUCCCUGUGAGCCUGGACUGUCUCCUCCAUCCUCCUGCUUAAACUCCAUGCCUGUGCUCCAUCUCAUUGAGGACCUGAGACUGGCCUUGGAGAUGUUGGCACUUCCUCAGGAAAGAGAAGCCCUCCUGAGCCAGAUCCCUGGCCCAACGGCUGCCUACAUAAAGGAGUGGUUUGAGGACAGCUUGUCCCAGGUAAAUCACCACAGUGCUGCUAGUAAUGAAACCUACCAGGAACGACUGGCACGGCUAGAAGGAGAUAAAGAGUCCCUCAUACUACAGGUGAGCGUCCUCACAGAUCAAGUAGAAGCCCAAGGAGAGAAGAUCCGGGACCUUGAAGUGUGUCUGGAAGGUCACCAGGUGAAACUCAAUGCUGCGGAAGAGAUGCUUCAGCAGGAGCUGCUAAGUCGCACAUCUCUGGAGACCCAGAAGUUGGAUCUGAUGACUGAAGUGUCUGAGCUGAAGCUCAAGCUGGUUGGUAUGGAGAAAGAACAGAAAGAACAAGAGGAAAAACAGAGAAAAGCAGAGGAGUUACUGCAAGAGCUUAAGCACCUCAAAAUCAAAGUGGAGGAGCUGGAGAAUGAACGGAACCAGUAUGAGUGGGAGCUGAAGGCCACUAAGGCUGAGGUAGCCCAGCUGCAAGAACAGGUGGCCCUAAAGGAUGCAGAAAUUGAACGUCUUCACAGCCAACUCUCCCGGAGUGCAGCUCUCCACAGUGACCAUGCAGAGCGAGAUCAAGAAAUCCACCGUCUGAAAAUGGGGAUGGAAACACUGCUGGUUGCCAAUGAGGAUAAGGACCGUCGAAUAGAGGAGCUGACAGGACUGUUGAACCAGUACCUAAGGGUAAAGGAGAUUGUGAUGGCAACUCAGGGGCCUUCAGAAAGAAACCUCUCCAUCAAUGAAGAUGAAAUAGAGGGAAGCUUCCGGAAAUGGAACACCACAAAUAAAAGCCCAGAGGAAGUGCUGAAGCAAGAGAUAUCAUCACGGUGCAGUUCUCCCACUCCAGGACCACCUCCUUUGCCACAGAAAUCGUUGGAGACCAGGGCUCAGAAGAAACUCUCCUGUAGUCUAGAAGACUUGAGACGUGAAUCUGGGGAUAAGUGUGUCGAUGGGAACCAGCUGUCCCCGGUGGGGGAGCCCAAGGAUAGCUCUUUCCUUGCCGAGCAGAAAUACCCCACAUUACCUGGGAAGCUUUCAGGAGCCACACCCAAUGGAGAAGCUGCCAAAUCUCCUCCCACUGCCUCCCUCCAGCCUGACUCUUCAGGGAGCAGCCAGCCAAAGCUGAAUCGCGGCUGGAGUGUCAGUGCUCCCGUAUUAGGAGACACAGAAGGUGGUUGGGAAGAUAUAGUCAUGGCCAAUGAACUCUCAUCUACUUCAUCUGGUACUGAGUCAAGCCCCCAGUCUCCCCUGACACCAGAUGGCAAACGGAGCCCCAAAGGCAUUAAGAAAUUCUGGGGAAAAAUCCGAAGAACUCAGUCAGGAAACUUCAACACUGAUGCACCGGGUAUGGCAGAGUUUCGACGAGGUGGGCUCCGAGCGACUGCAGGGCCAAGACUUUCUAGGACCAGAGACACCAAGGGACAGAAAUGUGAUGCCAAUGCCCCCUUUGCCCAGUGGAGCACAGACCGUGUAUGUACAUGGCUAGAGGAAUUUGGCCUGUCUCAGUAUGUGAUCUUUGCCAGACAGUGGGUGACAACUGGCCACACACUACUGUCAGCUACCCCUCAGGACAUGGAAAAGGAGCUAGGGAUUAAACACCCCCUCCAUAGGAAGAAGUUGGUUUUAGCGGUGAAAUCUAUCAACACCAAGCAAGAAGAAAAGUCUGCGCUGCUUGACCACAUUUGGGUGACACGGUGGCUUGAUGAUAUCGGCUUACCUCAAUACAAAGACCAGUUUUAUGAAUCAAGAGUUGAUGGGAGAAUGCUGCAAUACCUAACUGUGAAUGAUCUACUCUUCUUAAAAGUCACCAGCCAACUACAUCAUCUCAGCAUCAAAUGUGCUAUUCACGUGCUACAUGUCAACAAGUUCAACCCCAACUGCCUGCACAGGAGGCCUGCUGACGAGAGUAACCUUUCUCCUUCGGAAGUUGUGCAGUGGUCCAACCACAGGGUAAUGGAGUGGCUGCGAUCCGUGGACCUGGCAGAGUAUGCACCCAACCUUCGAGGGAGUGGCGUCCACGGCGGCCUCAUUAUCUUGGAGCCUCGCUUCACUGGGGACACACUAGCUAUGCUUCUUAACAUCCCCCCCCAGAAGACGCUCCUCAGACGCCAUCUGACCACCAAGUUCAACGCCCUGAUUGGUCCCGAGGCUGAACAGGAAAAGCGAGAUAAAAUGGCCUCACCAGCUUACACACCUCUGACUACCACAGCCAAAGUUCGGCCUAGGAAACUCGGCUUUUCACACUUUGGAAACAUGAGAAAAAAGAAGUUUGAUGAAUCUACAGAUUACAUUUGCCCAAUGGAGCCCGGAGAUGCUGUCAGUGACAGCCACAGGGUCUAUGGUGUCUACCGGGGCCUCAGUUCCCUUGAUAACCAUGAACUAGAUGGUCUGGACCAGGUGGGACAGAUAAGCUGAUGCCCCUGUCAUCUGCCUUCUCUGUGCACGGAGAGCUCACAGUAACACCGAGUGUCACCAUAUAACUGCACUUCACCCUCGUCCUUGUGCAUGGUCUGCAGAAAACAACUGUGUGUCUUUGGGCUGGUCUCCCUACACACCUUAACGAUGGUCAGGAUAUACAGUUACACAGUCACAAAGGAAACAGACUUUGGGGACUAUAGCCACAUGUGGACUCAGGGGAAAUCACCUGAAGACAUUUGUACAUGUUUAGUAAUUCAUAAUAUCCAUAUUUCCUCUGGAAACACAUGAGCAGAGGCGGGCGCUAGGCAAUCCCAGGAGGCUCAGUUCUCAGACACUGCCCCUAUUCUCCAGUAGAGGGAAGAAUUCAAGUGCCUUAGGCCUGUGAGCCACAAAGUCUUGGCUGAGAUCAAAGUGCCAACAGCGGGUAUUUAGGCCAUAGUGACAUGUAAUUUGAUUGUACCUUACUAUAGGGUGGCCACUUGUUUCUGAUAAUAAAAACAAUAUUUAUGUAGAAAGUAUGAACCAUUUUUAAUUUUCUUGGGGGCUGCAGGUAGAGUGAUACCCACUAUACUUAGCCUAUAACUUAGGAUCUAACCGAGGGGAUGGAACAUCUGUCAGAGGAUGCCUGUGGCCCUAUUGCCUUGGGCCUCAUCUCCCUCUGUGAAGCACAGAAGCAGCCGGGGUGUCACGCACCCCCUCGCUAGAGGUUACAUCUGUCACACAGAACCUAUGUAGUUUUCCAUUUCAGCAGAAUGAGCCUCAGAGUGAAGGGUGGGGAGAUGAACAGGCAGCCUUUCUGGCAAGCUUCUGCUUUUCACAUCUUGCCCACUUCUGUUUCCUGGAAGAGUAGAAACAGAGCUAGUCUCUUGCUUUAGACACAGACUAGCUGGUAAUGGGCUCACCAGAUGGCCUUCGUCUGGCCGGAGACUGACCGGGAAGAGAUGUGUACUCUGCCAGUCUGAGCUUCUGCUCAGGAAAUUCCAGUUUGGGAUUGGCUAACAUUUGACUCCUUCUGGGUCCAGUGGGCUUCAUCUACAGAAUAACAGCAGUGUUUUAUUCAUCUGGCAGGGAAGGUAGGACUGAUGGCUCCAUUAUGGCAUUCUGAUUCUACCUCAAAUGCAGGUGAUGCUUAACAUUUUGGUUUUUAAUAUGUACAGAAGGCUCAACCAUGGUCUGUUACUUAAGGCUGCUACCUCCUCUGAAGUCCAGCUAGUGAGAGAAUUGGGCAUCAGGUUGCCAGGUUGGGCAAUACUAGUAUUUAGUUCUGGUACCCAGUGGCCAAUGCUGUUGUAGAGCAGGUCAGGCUAGGUUUUGUGCCCUGAUGGUUAUGUCCGAGUGAGGGGUUGCAUGCACCUGUUUUCAGACCUUACAUGGGCUUGUAUUGCUGCUGAAUCUGUGUGGCCUCAUGUGAUUCCCAUUCCCUUAGUGGAUCUGAGUUUUCCUCCUACAAGGGGUUGCCCUUGGUGCCUCCAUGUCUAUAGCUUCCAGAUAAGGAAGAUGGAGGAGGGAGGAAGAAGGCAAGAGAAGGAGGAACCUGUGCCGUGAAGAGGCUGCAGCCUCCCGAAGAUGCCCUCUUACACCACAGCAAUGAUAUCUGGGGUCCUGUGCCUGGAAAUCACCCUCCUGUCCAAUAAUCUGAAGGCUCUCAUCUCUGUUGUUCUCUGCUUCUGGAAAUACCUGGACCACUGGACAAGAGGCUUGUUGACAGGCUCUGCCUGUGGCCUGCUUCUCCACACUGAGUGCUGGUGCUGAAUGUGGCUUUGGCAGAGCCUGUGUGCAUGCAGUGCAGGAACUGAAACUCCAUGGGUCUCAUCAGCUGACACUCCUCAGAGCCUAAAACACGCUGCAUCCACCCUCCAGGGAAGAAUGUCCUGGAGAGGCUGCGCUUGAGUAGAGGGGGCUUUGCAUGCCACUGUCUCUGUAAAUAAAGCAUGGGCUUCA